AUGACAAAUCUUUUAAAAAACGUUUGGCGCAAUGUGCUGAGAGGCAGCCAACUUAGUAAUUCUCCUAUACGAUUGACGAACUUUUCAAGUGUUACAGAAAUUGAAAAAAACAAAUCACCGGAUGCCGUCAUGCUAAGCAUAAAAACAGCACCAACUACUUCAGAUAUUCUUUCGAUGGUUCAAACCAACCUUCCGCUUAUGACGCACAAACACAUGCUACAAGCUUUUAAAAGUAUAUUUGAAUUGCAGAAAGCUAACAAGUACGAUAAUGACGCAAGCUCCAUCGUCAAAGAUCCAACAUUCAAUGUCCUCUGUCAAAACUUCAAAAGGCACGCACGAGCUUUAGAUGUCACUGAAGCUAUUGAAGCGACGAAAUUUCUUUCCUAUCUAAAAGUUCCCGUGGACUCUUUGAUAUUACAGACUAUGUUACAAAUAAUACGAUGCAAUAUAAACAUGUUGAAUACGCGCCAGAUAAUGUUUCUAGACUUUAUUCUUUCACAAUUUGUUACCAAAAAUCAUUUGGUCGAUGCUCUCAAAUUGGCUCUACCCUUGGCGUUCCAAAUUCACUUGCCUCUAGAAAUAGACAAUGAAGAUGUUCCUCUGUUAAGGGAAAUGUUGAUGUACUCUUGUAAUCACAAUCUACCGGACAGGUGUAUCAACAAUGUUGUAACCGGUCUUUUGUUGAACGAUCAGGCGAUCAACGUUCACACGGCAAGAUCGAUAAUUUGGGCGCUUUGUCUAAUAAAUUGCACUGAUGAGGUGUUCCCAACUAGAAAUCAAUUGCUCCAUAUCUGUUGUGAUAUUUUAACGCAGUCCAUCGAUAGUUUGUCUUACGAUGACGUGCUAAGAACUGCGGCGAGGUUGAAGGCCAGGAUUCUAGAGAAACACCCAGAGUAUUAUCAUCAGCAGUUGAUCGACGCUAUAGGAGAUUACGUCGUGAAUCAUGAUGUACCGUUCGAAAAGGGAUUAUUAGUUGCGAGGAUUUUGUCUAGGAUAGCACACACCCAUCUUACUCUAGUCGAGUAUCUCUGUAAAAAAGCAAUAUCUGAACCAGAGACAUUAUCAAACGCUAGGACCAACAUACUAUUUGGCUUCAUCAACUGUUUGGCAAAUAAUAACUUUACACCAGAACCUGAUAUGUGGGAAGAACUCCAGAAACAAAUCUCGCAAAAUCCAAUCCUUAAUUGCACCAAUGCAGCGCUACCCUGGCCCAAGGUGUGUUUAGAACUGGCAUCACUAGGAUAUUAUGACGACAGACUGCUCAAGAGGGUAUUUUCAAAGGAAUUCCUGGAUGAAUUCCUGUCAAGAGAAAACAAUGUACUAGACUAUCUGCAGCUCUUGACAUUGUACGAGGCUGUGCGGACGUUUCAUAGCGAUGAAUUUAUACUUCCUGAGGAUGUUUUGCAGAAAGCAAAGGAAGUUUAUCCUGUACAUAGUACGCUAAGUCCAGUCGGUGAUUAUCUAGCGAGAGGUUUGGGUGGUCCAGAAUAUAUGGCCAAGAAUGUAAUUCUGCCUAAUGGAAUUGUCGCAGAUUUCGUUCUAUGUAUCAAAGGAGGAUAUCCCGUAGAACUACCGGCCAUCAGCAGUUCACUGAAAGUUCCAAUACAAGAUCUAAAUCCACCUCAAAGAUCAAUUAUAGUCUGCAUCAUGAAUUUUAACCAAGGCUGCUUUUCCAUGAAUAGCAACCGUCUCCGAGGGCCGUUCAGGCUCAUAGUCGAUAUUUUAGAGAAGCAAGGGUACCCCACGGUCGCCUUCAAUGUCUACGAGUGGAUGAGGACACCGGCUCACGAGAGAACUCCUUACCUUCUGAGAGAGAUUGGAUACAAGUGUGGAGAAAUAGGACUCAAACUAUCUGUGACUUGAUAGGAAAUUAGUUGAAUAAAUUUUAGUCAAUAAAUGUUAGUUAUUUUUGUUGAAUUUUUA